GUUGCAGGGAAAAGUGUGUGUUUGUUGGUUGGGUAAACGCGAGAUGGUUCGGCUCUUCAUAGGUGAAGGCAGUCUGAGACUGAUUGGCAGUGGCAAUAUAUUCCACGUGUGCUAACCAGCCCACUGGGAAGACAUAGAAGCAUCUCAAACAAAACACAGAAACCCGCUCAUAGAAAAUCGUUGACGUCUGACUUAGAAGUCAAACGUGUGAAAUAAACGCACAUCAAAAUGUCACAAUUCGUCUUGGCAAUAAUAUACUCUUUAUUUGCCUACGGACCAAUGGUGAUAUGCGAUGUUAUGACCAACAAGAACGAACCCAGUAACACAUCUUCCGGGAGGUCUUCCAACAAAGAUCGAAAUGCAUUCUUUGCACUGCGAAGUUGUCACCAGGUUCUCCGUGGGGACAGCGGUGAAUUCUUCUCUCCGGACUAUCUGUGUUCUAACCCGCCCCUGUGGUGCAACUGGACCAUCCAGGUGUCUCCUGGGAAACGCGUGCACCUGCAGCUGGAGGACUUCACGCCGGCCAGCACCUGCCACCUGAAGAAGGACCAGAUCCACCUGGACGAGUCUACGGGAGGGGGCCCGGGGCCCAUGUUGGGGCCUACGGGUGACCACCGCAUCCUGGAGAAGUGCUGGAAGAAGGCAGAAUACACGUCACUCUCCAGUACCAUGCACGUGGUUCUGCUCAUCUCCCGGACGCCCGACCCACCGCUCAGGGGGUUCUACGGACGCUUCAGGUCCCUCGGCGGUACCGAGGAGUCCCUAAAGAACGGCGCAGAUGACACGAUGAACACCUCAGACUCUGAAGUACAUGAGAAGCGAGAGCAGUCUGAAGUCCACCGCAAACACAGCAAAAUUGAACUGCCUCGUGUACCAAAUCCAAGAAGCGUCUCUGAGAAGACAUCUUCACCCACUGAGGAGCCUCAAGUUAGUUAUUCUUCUGAUCAGAAUCAUUCCCCCAACACCAAAACAGCAGGUGGCGGCCAUUUUGUUUCCCCAGCCCCUACAUCCAUGUCCAAUGAGCUUCCCUCAGGGCCAGAGAACCUGGAAGGUGAGGGGUUGGAGAAGGGGAGCGUCACCUGGCAAACUGUUAGAGGCCACUUAGGAGAGGCACCAGAUGGAGGAAGAAGAGAAGAAACAGGAGGAGGAGGAGAAGAAGAAGAAGAAGAAGAAGAAGAAGGGGGGGAAGUAAAGGUAUCUCUCAAGCAUUCUCUGACUCCUGAUGCCAACUCUGUGUUGACGGGGAAGAAGAAGAUUGACCGUCCGCACGCCGACAGCCCCGGUAUUGUCACCGAGUCACCUCUGGCUGUCACUCCUCAACAUGUUAUACCAACAGCAGUGAUAAUAACUACUACAACACAAGGAGAGGUCGAUACAAAUAUUCCGAAGCCCAAAGUUGAAGCUUCAAAGAAAGCUGAAACUGAGGUCGAUUACAAAGAGAGAACACUUUCACAUCAAACCCACAGGAAUAUCACCCAUCAUCCACACUUACCGGGAGCGUUUCUUUUUGAGGUGUCGGUGGAGGUGGCCUUGAGUCAGCAGACUGGGGAGAGUUGGGACCAUCGGGCGACCACUCUACUGACCACACUCAAGAACAUGAUGAAAGAUGAGCUAUCGAGCUACGCUCCAAAAACCAUAUCAUCCAAACGAAUUAAAAGGUGAGUUUCAGUCUGUCUGUCUUCACGUUACUGACUGCUCCUUUGUGGAUCUCGUAGGUGUAGAGAAAUGGGGAGAGGCCUAAACUGGUAUCACAAGGGCAUCUUUAGUAAAGUAACACUUUAGUCCAAUGACACUUAGAAAAUGUAGAAAGAACUUAAUGAACAGCUUUUUCUGUUGUUGCUUAUUUAUACAGCGCCUUUUUUCGAACUCCCUUGUGGUAAAAAUAAAUUAUUAAUCCACAAAGAGACAAAAAGAAGCACACAGGCAAGCUGACUGUACGGUAGUGUACAAAGCUUUAUUCAUGACACCAGAGACAGGUCAGUCUGUUGUAGACAUACCAUUAUUCAUAGGGCUAAACAGGGUAUUCUUGAUGGAUUGCAUAUAAUGGAAGUAAAAAAGAGCUGUCAUGAUAAAGAAAGUUCAUUUUAAGAAUGCUGUUAUUACUCCAGACUCCCUAAGGUGGUUGACCUCAGAGGUCAAGAACAAGAGAAACCCAAAAUAACUCCUUGUAAUGAUCAUCCUUGCAUCCUCACCCUACAAGUGUAGCCUGUUGGACAACAACAACCCGAGUAGACAUUUAAAAGCUAAAGUGUAGUCUAAUUACAGGAAAUUUCCCCACACGCCACUUAUACCAGAUACCAUACUAGA